CACGGCGAAUGAGGGCGACAUCCGGAAAGAGGUUCUGAGCGGGACAAUAAACGCUUCCUAUCAACGACAUCCGUUCUUUCCGGCUCCGGUCUACUCUCAAGCGCAAAGAUGCUGAUGCCCAAGAAGAAUCGAAUUGCCAUCUACGAGCUCCUCUUCAAGGAGGGAGUCAUGGUGGCUAAAAAGGACGUCCACCUGCCCAAGCAUCCCGAGCUUGCCGACAGGAACGUGCCCAACCUUCAUGUGAUGAAAGCUAUGCAGUCCCUGAAGUCAUGCGGCUACGUCAAGGAGCAGUUUGCCUGGCGCCACUUCUACUGGUACCUCACCAACGAGGGCAUCCAGUACCUAAGGGACUUCCUUCACCUGCCCUCGGAGAUCGUGCCAGCCACUCUGCGUCGCCAGACCCGCCCCGAGACCGCCAGGCCCAGGCCCAAGGGAGCAGAAGGAGACAGGCCUGCCCGUCUUAACCGUGGAGAGUCUGACCGAGAUGCAUACAGACGAUCUGCUGCACCACCCGGUGCUGACAAGAAAGCGGAGGCUGGUGCCGGAGCUGCCACAGAGUUCCACUUUAGAGGCGGUUUUGGGCGCGGCAGAGGGCAGCAGCCUCAGUAGAUUUUUGCUAUGUUCAAUAAAGAAAAUCCAAAACAA